AUGCUGCGAUCUGCCUUAGUGUCUCGCCCUCUGCUAUCGUCAACAACUAAACGUGCAUUCUUCAGCACCGUCAGCAAACGAUUACAGCAACAACAGCAACAGCACGAUCCCAAAUUGACUCACUUUGGCUUUCGCAAUGUCCCCGAGGAACAAAAGGAAUCACUGGUGCACCAAGUGUUCGCCAACGUUGCCGGCAACUAUGAUGUUAUGAACGACGCUAUGAGCUUGGGUAUUCACCGUAUUUGGAAAGACCAAUUCAUUCGAUCAAUGGCUCCUGGUCCUGGUACCAAGUUACUCGAUGUUGCAGGUGGAACAGGUGACAUUGCUAUGCGCUUUUUGGACUAUUGCAAGAACAUCCAUCGCGACAACACAUCUCAUGUUACCAUGGUUGAUAUCAAUCCACACAUGUUGGAAGAAGGAAAGAAGCGAUUUGCAUCAUCACCAUACGCUACCACCAACCAAACCGAAUUCAUGGUGCAAAAUGCCGAGAAGCUUGAGAAUAUACCUGAUGAAUCCAUGGACGUGUAUACAAUUGCAUUUGGUAUUCGAAAUUGUACCCAUGUGGAUCGUGUUGUGAAGGAAGCCUAUCGUGUACUCAAGCCAGGAGGUCGAUUCAUGUGUCUCGAGUUUAGCCAAGUCGACAAUCCUCUUAUUAGCAAGGUGUAUGACAUCUAUUCAUUCGAUGUGAUUCCUGUGCUUGGUCAGGUGAUUGCCAAGGAUCGAGACUCAUACCAAUACCUUGUUGAAAGUAUUCGCAAGUUCCCACCACAAGAAGAGUUUGCACAAAUCAUUCGUGAUGCUGGAUUCUCAACGGUUGGCAAAGGUUAUGAAGAUUUGACAUUUGGCGUUGCAGCUAUUCAUAGUGGAUACAAGAUUUAG